AUGAAGAUAUCACAUCAGGAAACAUACCAUCACCAGACCGGAGCCCUGGACAUAGACACCAGGCAACUCAUUAAAUGUGUCCUAGGACAAUGUACGGGACUUCUGAAACCUAGGUGGAACGAAAGCAAAGCUCUGUUAACAACGAGUAGAGUUAUCGGGCAAUUACUGGAGAAGCACAGAUACACAUACAAUGGUAUGAUCAACACACUCUAUGUGGAUGAUGUGAAGUUCCUCAGUUCAGUAGCCCAUAUCAUCUUUGAAGACGGGACCGUCAACUGGGGCCGUGUUGCCAGCCUGAUGUCUUUUGGGGCUGCGGUGUGCCAGUACUUGAGAGGCAAGGGGAGAGAUGACUGUGUUGAUGUGGUGGGAGAAGAGAUAGCAGAGUACCUGGCCACUCACCACACGGACUGGCUAGUCAAACAUAACUCCUGGAAUGGGUUCGUGGAGUUCUUUCCAGUAGCAGAACCUGAGUCCAGAUGUAGGAACAUCAUCAUGUCCCUUUUCGGAUUGGCCGGUAUUGGCGCAACAAUAACCUUGGUUAUGUGACUUUCAGAAGAGUCCUUUACCUGUUACCACUUUGUGCUUGAUGCUUCUCACCAUAGUAGAGAUUGAGUAUGAUGUUAGGAAUAUGUACCGUAAAAGCUAAUAAAGUAGUGA